UACAAACUUCAUUAUUUAAAAAAAAAAAAAAAGUGAAAACUUGGCACACGACCGCUGCGUAAUGUAUCAGGAGGCGCGCUCCAAAAGCGAACGCACAUGAAACGCGCGAACCGCUGCCUCAUACAACUUCACUCACAAUCUAACGUCAACUUUCCCUUUCCUGAAAUUUCGUGCCCGGUCUGCACAAACCCCGCUUUCUUCCGUUUUCCAUGUCAUUUCCUGUAAUAAAAAGAUGGUGGUCAUAGCAGAGAGAAGCAGCUGACUGUGGUACAAACAUUUGGAGAUGAUAAACUUUGCAUCGCCCGGGACUAGUGAAAUCCCCCCGUGCCGUUGCGUCACCGCCGCGUUUCUCGGAGCGGCCGAAGGCGAGGCGCGCCACGGCUGAAGAAGACCACCAAAGACCCCGCGACGCACUGCGUAUAUUCUGUAGACGUUUUAAUAUGUUGAAGUGAAACGAGGCAGACAGGAGUCUCUCCUUCCUGCCCAGAUGGCAGAUGCCUGUGUUGUUCCAGAGCAUUCCUCCAUGGAAGUUGAGGCCGAAUGCAGCACCAGUGCCUCAAAUGAGAAGUCAAUUGAAGAGCCAAACAAAAAACUAAAAGUUGACCAUGAGCAUUCAACCAGUUUUUGGUUCUGUGAAGAGUGCAAGAAGUAUUUCUUGGAGGAGUGCCCUACCCAUGGGCCCCCUGUUUUUGUGCCAGACACCCCUGUGGCAUCAGGGGUGUCCAAUCGGGCAGCUCUCACUGUACCCUCAGGCAUUGAGAUCCACCGAGAUGGUGAUAAGGUGGAUGUCUGCUGCAUGGAUGAAAACAUACCAAAGGGGGCGCUGUUUGGUCCUUAUCAAGGCCAAAUAAUGGCCUCUGAUAAACCCUCAGGGCCAUACUCUUGGAUGAUUGUUGAUAAGGACAACAAAUAUAAAUUCAUUGAUGGGAGUGAUGAAACUACAUCUAACUGGAUGAGGUUUAUUCUGAUUUCUUCUGAUGAGAGUAAAAAGAAUCUGAGUGCAUUUCAACAUGGCGAAGAAAUCUACUUCCGAGUGUGUCGGAGACUGACGGUGGGCGAGAAACUCUGUGUGUGGUACAGCAGCGAGUACAUGAGGCGACUGCAGAGUGUGUCUCGGGACAGCAUUGACCGCAAUCUGGACACAGGAGUGAAAUUAGAAGAACAAGAGGAGCCCAAAGGUCCAGUGUUGAGAUCUGCAAUGCACGGUAGACGGACCCCAAGUAAGCAUGGAAGUGAUGAGGCAGAAAACCAGCCCCAGGCCAAGAAAAAGAAGAUUGACCUCAUUUUCAAAGAUGUCCUGGAAGCAUCCCUGGAGGCUAAUCAAAGUCAGAACAACCCCCUGAACAGCACCUUGUCUUUUCAAAGAACAAGAACAAAAGGGAUACUUAUGGUCACAUCAACCCAGGCCAAGAAAAAGAAGAUUGACCUCAUUUUCAAAGAUGUCCUGGAAGCAUCCCUGGAGGCUAAUCAAAGUCAGAACAACCCCCUGAACAGCACCUUGUCUUUUCAAAGAACAAGAACAAAUGUCAGCCAGGUUUUCAGCCAGCCUGAUACAGAGUGUAAAGAGUCUGUCUUCACCUCUGGAUUGGCUUCCAUGGAACACCACGAGAGUGGGUUUGAUGCAAAAUGCAUUAAAAUGGAAGAAACAGAAGAAGAGGUGACUCUGACCAGCGAAGGACCAUCAACAUCUUUUUGCCCAAACUGUGUAAAGUUAAAACGACGAAUCCGUGAGCUGGAGGCAGAACUGCUCUAUCUCAGAGGACAGGGGCAUGCUGAAAUUAAGCCUUUACCACCAUCUGAGCCACUUCCUAGUGAGGACCUCAAAGAUGCCAUGACGCCCAUCCCAGCGGCGCUUGAGGAGGAUGACCAGGAUGUUGAUUCUGCUGAUGAAUCCAUUCCUACUGACCUCGUGGUAGCUACAGAUGAGUCUUCAAAACUCUCUGUGGGCUCAGGUCGUCGGAUUCGUCGCUUCAAGCAGGAGUGGCUAAAGAAGUUCUGGUUUCUCCGUUAUUCGCCCACACUUAAUGAGAUGUGGUGCCACGUGUGCCGACAAUACACCGUCCAGUCCUCCCGCACCUCUGCUUUCAUUAUCGGUUCCAAGCAAUUCAAAAUCCACACCAUUAAACUUCACAGCCAAAGCAAUCUGCAUAAGAAGUGUUUGCAGCUUUACAAACUUCGCAUGCACCCAGAUAAGACAGAGGACAUGUGUCGUAAUAUGAUGACUCUCUUCAACGCUGCCUACCAUCUAGCUUUGGAAGGAAGGCCAUUUUCUGAUCUGCGACCCUUGGCGGAGCUCCUCAAGAAGUGCGACCUCAAAGUAGUAGAUCAGUACAUGAAUGAAAAUGACUGUCAGAUUCUCAUCCAACACAUUGCCCGAGCAUUCAAAGAGGAUUUGGCCGAGAAGAUUCGCCUUUCGCCCUUUCUAAGCAUCAUCAUGGAUGGACAGAACGAUGAACUCUUGGCUGACGCUGUUGCCGUUUAUGUCCAGUUCACCACCACUGGCAAUGUGGAAGGCUACCUCCAGGCUGUGGAUCGUGCCUUUGGUGUCCUUGGCCUAAGACUCCAGGACAAGCUGGUUGUUGGCUUGGGAAUAGAUGGCUCAAACCUCUCCUCUAGUCUGAGGGCAAAAAUUUACAUAGCCAUACGAAAGACAAUCCCUUGGGUGUUGUGUCUGCCUGUGAUGAUCCAUCGUCCCCAUUUAGAGGUUCUGGAUGCCAUCAGCGGGAAGGAACUCUCUUGCUUGGAGGAUUUGGAAAACAACUUGAAGCAACUGCUGAGCUUCUACCGGUAUUCUCCACGUAUGAUGGCUGAGUUGAGGACGACAGCACCAACUUUGUCUGAGGAAACUGAAUUUCUUGGGGAUAUAAGGGCCGUCCGUUGGAUCAUAGGGGAACCCAAUGUUCUCAAUGCCCUAAUCAAGGACUAUCUGGAGGUGGUUGCUCACUUGAAGAGCAUAAGCAGCCAAACCCAGAGAGGCGAUGCUGCUGCCAUUGCUCUGUCUCUUCUACAGUUCCUGUUGGAUUAUCAGUCGGUGAAGCUGAUCUACUUUCUGUUGGACAUCAUUGCUGUCUUUUCACGACUUGCUUUCAUCUUUCAGGGGGACUAUCUGUUGCCGUCACAGGUGGAUGCAAAAAUGGAGGAUGCUAUUAAUGAAAUUGGUCAAUUGGUGGACUCCCCAGGGGAGUACCUACAGGAGUUUGAGGACAACUUUCGGGAGAGUUUCAAUGGCGUGGAACUCAAGAACUUGCGGGUUGCCGAGUCCAAGUUUCAGUCCAUUCGAGAGAAGAUCUGUCAGCGAAGUCAAGGCAUCCUGGCCCAACGUUUUGAUCCACGCAGUUGCACAGUGGUCCAGGCUUGUAAGAUCCUUGACCUGGCUUCGUGGCCUCUUAACAGGGAUGAUCUUGGUGCAUAUGGAGAAGAGGAGAUCCUUGUCAUUUUUGACCACCUGGAGACUAUUCCGUCAUCUGGCCGUGGACUCUCUCAAGAAAGAAUAGAUGCCCGAGGAAGCCUUGUAGUUGAAUGGAGGGAUCUAAAAGCUGAUUAUUGUAGUGUGAAUGGUUUUAAAGAAGUAGUCAAUCACAUCUUCAGAUACAAGCAACGUUUUCCUCUUCUCAAUCACAUCCUGCAGGUUGCCAGGGUCUUGCCAACGUCAUCAACAUGCUGCGACAAGGCAAGAUGCUCGUUGCAAAAAGUGCGCAGAAAUAGCCGUUCCAGACUGACUCUGGAUCAGAUCAACGAUCUGCUCACCUUGGCCGUUAACGGACCACCUAUCGGGAGCUUUGACGGAAAGCGAGCAUUGGACAGCUGGUUUGAAGAGAAAUCCGGGAACAGCUAUUCGCUCUCAGCAGAAGUGCUGAGCAGAAUGUCCACCACCGAACAAAAGUCUGUGUUGCACAAUAUGGAUAUGAAUGCAGAGUAUUAUCCAGAUAUUUGACUGAUCAGCGCCAAUUACUCAGCCAACAUGAUUCCAAAAAGCCAUCUCAUUGGAAAAGGGCUGAUCGGGACUAUAAUGUGAUUGGCCAAGUAGUUUGACACUGGCCCUGCUGCUAAAAUGGCCUAGAUCAGCGUCUUCUCUAAGAGUCGGUAUGAAUGCCUUUGCAGGUCGCAGGCACAUGAAACACUUUAAAAUGUUCAUGUAAAUGGUUGUGAUGUGUUGAUAUGUGUUUUUGUCCAAAGAGAUACUAUUUUCAAGUCGUGAGGAUUGUUGCCUUUAGGUGAAUGUUCGACUGAGCACCAUUUCAUCAGGCAUUGGUGAGUGAAGCCUCAUACAGUCUUUUUUUAAUCUCUGAAAAUGUCACCUUGCAAAAACCGAUUCAACUAUACGUUCUGGAAAAACAGUUUUAUUAUUAUAUCUGCAAUAUAAUUUGAGCAAUCAUUCUGUAUUUGUAUGUAGAUCUGUGUGUAUGGAAAUGAUAGAACAAAAAGGUCUUCAUUUUUAUAGCAUGUUCUUAUGCUGGUUACCGCUGAGUGGAAUGGAAAUAGCCACUAUUUUGCCAUGCAGUAUAUUCCUAACAUAAUCUUUAGUUAACCAUUACUCUUAAGUUUACAUGUAUAUCUUGGUUUGAUAACAUGUUGAUGUGCCAUAAUACUUUAUGCAGCCGGGCACCUGUAAUGUGCAGUUUACACCCAGUCUGAUUAAAAGAUUUCCAAUAUAUAGCCUAAAUAUGCAGGGUUUGAAUGCCUUACCAAUAGAAAAAAGAUUUCUCGGUUCUUUUAGCAUGUGCUGGUGCUUGAUUUCUGGUACAUGUUUAUAUUAUGUACUGCUACCGGCAGCCAUGUCAGACCCCCCUUAUGAGCCAAUUCAAAUUAUAUCAUAGUUAAAUUUUCAUAUUUGAAGCGAUUUUACUCUGAUGCCACAUCAACGCAACAAAUAUAUGUUUACUUUUUAAUGCUGCUUAGAGGCGGUCUAAAUAGUCAAAUGUUUACUAAAAAUUUUAUGAUUAAUGAUGAACAGAAAAUACUUCAGUAAUAAUACCACAAAAUUGCAUCACUGUCUGUCUCAGCAAUACUUUUCAUCCAGUACAAAUGCUUGUGCAUGACGUCACCACUAGUAGGCGACACUGUACGACAGUUUACCUUUGGAUGAAAUUUUAGUAUCUGAAAGAAUAGCACUAUUUAAAUCAAAGUCAUACAAGAAUAAAGCUUUUAUAUUUUUGAUUGUGUUAUUAUGUGCAUUUGUGUAUUCUGGCAGUGCAUGUGUUAGGGUUAGCACCAUAUAUUUUUCCAUAUAUUUUCACUUGUUAUUUUUGCCUUACCUUGCCACUAAAUUCCAUCAAUUAUACAUGUGCAAUAUACAUUUAACACUUAAAUUGUACAUUCUUAAAUACAAACAAGUCUAAUACUUAAUAAUAAUGUUCCCUGAAGCAAAACUGUGGAAUUUAGAGGUUUCCAACAUGACUGAGCAUGUUUUUUUCAUUUGUGUAUGGAUUCACCCUUUUUUAUUUCUU